CAUUACCGUCAAAUUUAUUGUGCAAAAGAGCGCAAUCCCAAGAAAAAAUUGUGCACUCGAGAUUGCCAAAACCUGUCUGGAUUAUACUAGGCCUACCUCACUUUAAACGUAUUAGAAUGUCAACGACAGAUCUCAACAAACUUGACACUCUUUUUUGAUGAUAAACGUUUAAAACGUGUGCUGGUUGUCUUAUGUGUUUGUGGGCCUAUUUGUAAUAGUGAAGGUCUUCAUAUGUCGAUUGGAACAUCAUUCGCGAAUGUUACUUUCCCCUGUUCACUAUAGCAUAGGUCACUGACUAGUGUCACCAACCGCAAGACUCCAAAAUACCUGCAGACCGGUGGCGAUUUUUAUUUAUUGUAAAAAUGAACCUUAUUGGGAGCUACCAGCAUCAUCAUCUGAUGCACGAGACGUUUCCAUUCGUCCAAAGGUGUCAUCAAGAUUAUCCCUACUUCCAAAACUGGGUGGUGAACCAUGGCGAAGUCAACUCUGACUUCCAGAUCCAGAUGCCUUACUCCACGGAGUUCGGGGCCCCGGGUCCGGCGCAAGAAAGCCAGCUGGACGCUCUCUCCGCGUGCAUGGGGAAGAGGAGAGCAUCAGGGCCGAAGAAGGAGCGGAAAAGGACGGAGAGCAUCAACACCGCGUUCACCGAACUGAGAGAAUGUAUACCAAAUGUACCGGUAGAUACGAAACUGUCCAAAAUUAAAACGUUACGACUAGCAACAAGUUACAUUUCCUACCUAAUGGACGUGCUGGCUAAAGACACUGGGGAGACGGAGGGAUUCAAGGCCGAAAUCAAGAAAUAUGAUAGAGAUUUGAAACGGAAACGGGAAACGAACGAUGGCCUGCAAGAGUCAUUAGGAAACGAGAAAAAGUUCAAAGGACGGACAGGUUGGCCUCAGCAAGUCUGGGCUUUGGAACUGAACCAGUGAAUGUUUUGACCUCUGAACAUGCAACCCACUCAAAGACUCCGUAUUCAAGCACGUCGCUGCAAGGAAUACAACCACUUAUACUAAUCUACUGUAUAUACGUGCAAUGUUUAAAUUCAAACAAGGUGGACUUGGUAAAAUGCAAUAUUAUGCAAAUAUUUCAACAACUGCCUGUUAAACGUUUCUUUGUCAUUUUGUCGUCUGAGAGAACUUAAAUGAAAGUUGUAUAGCUUAGAAUAAAUAUUUUGGUUGUGGAUAGGCCACAACGACGAACGGAGAGACUGGGAUAUUUGAGGUGUUUCUUUAUGCCUCACGGUUAUGGGGCAAUGGUGUUCAGCAUUAUUUUUCCCGCUUUGCAUUGGUCUUGUUGUAGUAGUCGACUUACUGUCGUGCUUUGUCUUGUAAAGAAUUAUGUUUGAAUCUACCUCAAAUUAAUGUAACCGUUCGUUUGAAAUAGAAAACUAAUACAUUCAGCAAUAACCUAUCUGUUAAAAAACAAUGGAAUGCACAGGUUUAUAUUACUUCGAAAUGAUACCGGUAAAGACCAACUAUUGGACUAUUGGUAUUUGGUUUUGAUAGUUUUCUUCUUAUGAAUUCAAUGUGAAAUUAGGAAAUUAUAUUCAUAAUGACUUAAUUUAUCACACAAUCUUUAAAACGGCAAUGAAAUCAGUCAGUUGUUCAACACAAUGAUUAGGUAGGCUAUACACAUCUUGAUAUACAUAGCUCUAGGCAAUUAUUAAUUUGCUUUAUGAGGACACAUUCUUAUUUUAUUUAUUAAAACUUUUGUUUUAUGGUGAUGUAGGCUUACUAUAUAAUUUAAGGGUUUGAGGUGCAGUAGUAUAAAAUAUGAAAAUACAUGCUCAAGUGUGCUGUGUCCGGAGGACAAUUAACAGUGGUAGGACUAAGGUUCGAUCUCUAUUUUUGUCCAAAUUGAGUUAUAGACAUAGAACAUGGAACAGAACAAGGCUAACUUAUAGUCUACUCCAAAUACCCCAAUUCACGUGGUUAAGUUCAAAAGAGUACAAGAUGAAAAUUUGCUGACAUCAUUUAUACCAAUGAGUGUUCGGGAACUUUUAAAGCCAACUAUUUCAGAAUCAUAUUUUUUUAAAGAUAGAACCUUAUCGUCCCAAGCUCUCGAUAUUUCUAGCCAUAAUGCCAUUUGUGAUUUUAUAGGCUAUUUUCUUUCAGGGUACCCGCAUGGUUCGAUGGUGUGAGCUAAAACAUUUGAUUGGCUCUACACGAUAUUUACCAAAUUGAGAAAUUAAUUAAUGAUCAGUAUGUCUACAGCAAUCAAAUGAUAUUAUCCAAAUGUAGACGAAACAAAUAUUUUUCAAUUUACGGUUGUAUUCCUUUCUGGGGCUGGGACAGAUGCAGGCUAUUUCGCCUGAACUAAGACAGCGGUCUUUCGAUUGAACAGCCCACAAGAAAGUAGUCCCAUCAAUCAAACGAUCAAUCAAUAUCCUAUGGGAUAUAAUAAUCGAAUUAAGAGAUGUAGGCUAUUAUUUCAAUGGUAAACAUAGUGUAUAUAGCCUAUGAACAAAGAUUUGCUUAUAGGUCAGAAUAAUAUUGGUUUGGAAUAGGCUAUUUGCAGAAGCCUAAUCAUACAUGACAACACGUUUCACAUCAGAGAGGAAAAACAAUCAAAUUGACCAGAAUAAAUCAUUAUUAGGCUAAAUAAAGAGGGAGAGCCACAACCUAAAUCCUUAUAUUGUAUGACUUAUAACCUGUGGUCUAACUUAGUUCUCCACAAGAAAGGGGUUCCUCGAGCAACGGUGUGCAUCUGUGCGAGUUCAAGUUCAUUGCUCAUCAACCAAUCAUGCUCAGGCAAUAUUUAUUUGAAAAACAAACGUGCCAUUCUCCAACCUACAUGCCCAACAUCAACGAUAUAAAUUCGCCUAUGCGGAAACUCACUGAAAAGGUGUUGUAGGCUAUGACAGUUAUUAGUAGCAUGCAGGAAACCUUGUAUUCCACAGCCUGUGUCGUGAAAUGAAAAAUUACCAGCCUGAGCAAUGUUCCUAUUUCCUGAUAUUGGCGCCGCAAUUUUGGACAUAGCCCUACUCGUGCAUUGGACUAAAUUAUUGCAGGGAGAAAGGGCUAGGCAGGCUAAGACAUGAUUAAUUGUCCUUACAAAGUCAUAUAUAUAUAUAUAUUUCUCUUGUUUUGGUAUGUUUGUUUUAUUGCUGUUAUUGGUCUGUUUAAUUGUGUCGUAAUGCUUAAUCUAGUUCUGAUCACAUACGCUGUGCAGUUUUAUAUUUUUAUAUAAGGUCUACGUGUUUUUAGAAACAUAAAAUAGACAGUAUCAUAAAAGUAUAGAGGUUUAAGUCCUGUGACCUGCAUAGAGCGGUAGGUAGGUAGGCAGGUCUAGUCUCGUUUCUGCUCGACCACUGGGACCCCAACAGGAUGCCGCUAGACACCUGGUGGUGGAUCUAGUAACACAGAGCAGCCUGGCCUCCAGGCAAUUCAUAUGAUUUGGGGCAUUUAAAAAAAAUAUAUCCCUCCAUUUAGUACAACUACUUAAGUCUCCCAGCUACUCCAUCUAUGGUUGAAAAAGCA